UUUAAGAAUUUGAGAGAGAAUUUUUUAUUGUGAUUUCUGUAUUUUACAAAUUAGAAUUUUGAAAGCAUUCCGGGUUCUGGUAAGUCUUUUGGGAUUUGCAGCCAAAUUUGGCUGGCUGAGCUGUAGUUUGUGCUCCAUGGGUUUACAUUGCAGCAGCAAGUGAGUGCAGUAAUUUAUCGUCCAUAUUAUACGCUGACUGGUGAGCUGCAAGCCAUGCCUACUGGUAGUCCAGAAAAAUCCACGCAGACCUUUAAUUUGUAUGACUGUCCAAAAGCGUCUUUUCGCACAUCUUUCCCGGAAGUCCGACAGCAAAGAAGUUACAGCAUCGGUGAACGUGAACUGUAUGGAAUUCGAAGUAGAGCUGGUCUGUUCAUUCCCGAGGUGGCAGCCGAUUCGUCUCUUGGAUUGAACACAGCGUCCGGCGAGCUUCCUGACGUCUCUCUGACACGACCACCGUCGCAAGGAAGCCUGGUCACUAUAUUUAGCCUAUGGAGCACAUUCGUUGGAACUUCCGCAUUGACCAUUCCGUGGGCAGUUGCUCGGGGUGGUCUGGUUUUGAGCCUGGCGAUGAUUGUAUUAAUCGCUGCAUUUGCGUAUUAUCCUUUGCGAAUGAUUUUCCGGUGUGCUCAGUAUGUGGAAGUUUCCACAAACGUACAUGUCUACAAAUUUCAAGAGAUCUGCAAUCAGAUCCUGGGACCGAGAAUUGCUUUGUUCAGCCUUGGUGUUUCCUUAUUCAAUUUGCUGGGUGAUUUAAUCUGUUACUGGCUUAUGCUGACCACGUUUCUGUACGAAAUUGGAUUAUUUGGAGAAACCGGUACAGGUUCCCGAGAUCGUUCCAUCCAAGAAAACAUCACAACACUGGCUAGUAGUGUGGACGUGGCUCAGAAUGAUGCAGGCAGUUUUUGGAGCGAAACAAUUUCUGUCCCGUUGUAUUUGGUGCUGCUGAUGCUUCCGGUUAUGUCAUUUCGGUAUCCUACAUUUUUUACGAAGUGUGGCUCUCUGGGAAGCGUGGCCAUUGUGUUCCUUAUAAUUUUUGCAAUAGUCAAGACUGCAGUCAAUGGAAUCCAGAUCGAACCUGACGUUGCGCCGGAUUUUACAUUGGCCAGUCAGCAAGUUCCCGCUACCUGUGGAGUUCUGUUUUUUGGAUUUUUAAUUCAUAACGUGAUUGUAUCCGUAACCGCUUACCACAACCAGCCGCGUAAGCGAGCACGCGAUACCGGAAUCGCUGUAGUUUUGGCCGCGGUGACCUAUGCAGUUCUUGGAAUUUUGUUGUAUCUGUCUCAUCCUGGACCCAAGGAAGGAAUUUAUGAUAACUUCCUGAAAAAUUUUCCAAAUAACGAUGCUCUAUCGUUUGUUGCUCGGAUUCUUCUCUUUUUCCAAAUGAUUACAAUGUUUCCCUUGCUGGCCUUUGUGUUCCGGGCCCAGCUUUUUUACGGAUGGGCACGGAGAAUUGAUUUGGGGAUGCAUUAUAUUGUGCUGCUUAAUGUUGCCCUUUUGGGUGUGUGCCUGGCGUUCGCUUCGCUUUAUCCUCGAAUCGGACAUAUUCUGCGGUUUGGAGGAGCAUUUUGCGGCUUGGUAUACAUUUGUCUCUUACCCGGAAUUAUGGAUGCGGUGAUCGCCUACAGGUCUGGACACAGAGUGAUCUGGAAAAUUUUUGUGAUAUUCGUCUACGUUAGCCUUGGUCUGGCUAACUUAAUCGCACAGUUUUUUAUUUUGUUUUAAUUCAGCGGAGGAAUUCUGUUUCUCUUCUAUGAGCUCUAUCCUCUAUGUACCUCGUACUAUAUAAAUAUUACUAAAGGUUUGCAUGUAUCGUAAGUACAGACAUAGGUGAAUACUGAAUGGUGAUACGGAUUGCUGUAUGUGUGCGCUUUUGGCAGACUGUUUUCGGUCUUUGUUUUUCGCAUUCUGUUGUUAAUUUUGUGUCUGGUCCCUUUUGAUACCGGUGCAUUUGUGUAACUUUAUUAGUGUGACAUUUUUGUAACCAGUGAUUUUUGCAUUUGUGGUUGCGGAAGCCUGGAGGUAAAAGUUAUUUGAAGAAGAAGAGCCGCAUUUCUGCAGCACA